GUGGGAAAAAAAUAAUAGGUAUGUCAAAAGUUUUGGCUGUUAGCGUAUUUUCUCAGGGAAAAGCAAUGAAAAAACACUUUGUUGACAGUUGAACCUGUCAAACAGGUUACUCUAAACACACCUGUUCCUUUUUCUUUCUCUUGCACUCACUUGCUCGGUUCGGUAUGAAACUUGAUUACGUAGCUUACUGUGUAGAGAGAGAACACUGAAUUUAUUAAAGCUAAUUAUUAGUUAAGAUAACUCCGUGAAAUGGCAGAGGAGUGUUUUGAAGACCUCGAUCCAUUCAACUGUCCCAUCUGUCUGGACGCACUCCAGGAUCCAGUGACGAUUCCCUGCGGACACAACUACUGCAUGAGCUGUGUUAAAGAAUACUGGGAUAAAAAUGGCAGCAAAUACACGGGUUACAGUUGCUCUCAGUGCAGGAAGACCUUCUCGCCUCGACCUGUCCUCAACAAAAACACCAUGUUUGCAGAAGUGGUGGAGCGGUUUAAAAACACAGGCCUUCAGGAUCCUCCACCCACACGUUAUGACGGACCUGGACACACGGAGAGAGAAAUCUGCACAGCAGAAAACUCCAAAAACGUCAAGAUGUGUCCAGAAAGUGAGGAUUUGUGCUGCAGGGCCCACCUGAGAUAUCGUAACAAUGGCUAUCCCAGAGAAAAGCACACAGUUAUCGUUGUAAGCGGGGAACCCAAAGGAAAUAUUUGUUUGCGGCACAACAGGCUAUUGGAGUUUUCUUGUCGGACAGACCAACGGUUCAUCUGCCCACUGUGUCUUAAUGAAGCCCACCAAGGACAUGAAGCGUUUUCAUUGGCACCUCAGAAGACGCAAACACUAGAGUGCAGUACGACUCUAGAGAAACGAGAGCACAGGAGUAAAGACAAAACAACUGGACAAUGUAAAAGGAGAAGUCAUGGCUCUAGGCAUAGACAUGGACACAGGAGCGGACAGACCCGGGGUUCACAUGCUAAAAGAGGGCAUCAAACACACUGGCAUAAAAGUAGUAAACACAGAGGUAAUUCGCAUGAGCACAGUCAUGAGGCUGGACACCGAAAGAGACGACUGGGAAUCAUGGUCAUGACAGGACCUGGCACUAGAAGAACCUCUGCGGAUAAUGUUAAAGCAGUCUGAACCUUGAUUUUGUGCACAGCGUUACAAGUGCCAUGUUGUUUUCUAGAGGAAUGUUGCUUUUGCUAGAUUCAGGCAUCGACGGAAAGCUCGCGUCAUUUCUUUUGUGAGUCAGCAAUCCAUUUCUGGACGCUUUUUAUGUUCAUUCUAUUGUAUUACUGAAUAGUAUUAAUUAGCAUGAUUGUUUGAUGUUGUUUGUUGUUCUCAAUUCAGUGUUGGGUGUAACUAACACAUCUAAAAUAACUUGUACACUUGGAUCACAUUUGUUAUUAAUAUAUUAUAAUAUGAAAACAACCUGUUUUGAAGAGUUACGAUGUUUCCUGAUUGUUGUAUCGGAGUUUUUUUUUUGCACAUGUAUAAGGGAUGUUUUUCUUUGCAGCUGCUUAAUUACUAAAAUGGCUUGAUUUUGUGACAAUUUCAAAAGAAAUUUCAUGACUUUUCAAUUGUUCGUUAUUACGAGAUAAAAAUGUUUAAAAAUCUUAGGUUUAUAAA